CACACACACACACACACACACACACACACACACACACACAAUGAUUUGCAACAUGGCGUUGCAGCGCCGAGAGACACGACGGCUCUUCCUCGCUGAGACUGUCUCAUUGUUAGGCAGCGCCGCGCGCACCGACCCAAACAUUCCGGGAGACUCCUUUACGCACCGCGGACCAACACGCCAAAGCGGAUCCCAGCAAAUGUACGUCGGAAUAACGGUGUAGCUGACUGUAUAGACACGCACGCUGCUGCCCCAGUGGUGGAACCCAAAGGCUGUACAUGGCGGUGGAGAGUGUUCGGCUGUUCUGGCUUCUUUCGCUGUUCUGUGCACCGACCAGCCAAGAUAACACAGUUUUGGUGGAGCUGAGCUGCAGGGCUGGGCCCAGCCAUGUGGUGUUGGAGCCUGAUGUGUCCCUCAUGCUGGGCUGCAACCUUGGAUCCAGUGGGAUACCUUUCAACGUCACCUGGCUACUGGACGGCCAGCCCCUGCCACUAGAGGGGGAAGAGUACCUGCAGUAUUUUUCCAAUGGAUCUCUUCUGCUGCCCACCUAUAAAGAUGGCCAGCCUCCCCAGGGCGUGGAGGGAGCCUACAGCUGCGUGAGUGCCACCGUUGUUGGAGCCCUCGCCAGCCGGACCGUGAACGUGCUCCUGGCAAGUCUGUCUCAGUUCCACCAAGAACCAUCACCAAAAAUAGUGCCCGCUGGUGGUGCUGCCCGCUUUGAGUGCCUGAUUGAGGGAGUACCAACUCCUGUUAUCACUUGGGAAAAAGACAGAGAACCUAUUCUUGAGGAUAAGAGGUUCAUUUCCCUGCCUAAUGGGGUGCUGCAGAUUCUAGAGGUAACCAAGAAAGAUGAAGGCACUUACCGCUGUGUUGCCUCUAACUCUGCCAGGAGGGACAUCAGUCAAGAAGCCAGGCUCUCUGUCAGGCCAGGGUCUUCUGAAGCUCUGAGCAGAGUUGUGAUCGUGGCACCACCUCAAAAUGCCACAGUGGUACUCGGCCAUCCUGCUGUCAUGGAGUGCAUGGCACAAGGGCAUCCAAAGCCACUGGUGUCCUGGAGCAGGCAAGAUGGAAAACCCAUUUCCACUGAUGUGGUUGUCCUUGCAACAAACCUGGUGAUUCGGGACACGAGGCGCCACCAUGCGGGUGUCUACGUCUGCAGAGCCAACAAACCCAAGAGCAGAGAGUUUGUCAUUGCUGCUGCUGAGCUGCAUGUGCCUGCACCUCCACUGAUUCUCAAGCCCCCAGAGACAGUGUCCCUGUCAAGGGGAAACACUGCCCGGUUUGUGUGCAACAGUUCUGGGGAGCCUCCUCCAGUGUUGCAUUGGCUAAAGAAUGGUCAGCCCAUCAAGUCAUUCAGACGGGUGAAGAUCCAAAGUCCAGGAGUGCUGCUCAUUAACCAGCUGGCAAUGGAGGACUCGGGAUACUACCAGUGCAUAGCAGACAAUGGACUGGGUACAGCCUGUGCCACUGCCAAGCUCACAGUCAUUGUGCGGGAAGGUCUGCCCAGCCCUCCUCGCCACCUGUCUGCCACACCCUAUUCCAGCACAGCUGCCUUGCUCACCUGGGACAAGCCCGAGUACAACGCGGACCAAAUCAUUGGCUACUCUGUGCAUUGUCUCCGUGUUACAGGGUCAGACACAUUGGAGUAUCAGUUUGCGAUGAACAACGACACCACGGAAUAUCUUGUGGUUGACCUUCUCCCACAUACGGCGUACACCUUCUUUGUGGUGGCUUAUUCCCCCAUGGGUGCCAGUCGUCCAUCCCGACCUGUUACAGUGGAGAUGCUGGAAGAUGUGCCAAGUGCACCUCCUCAGCUGUCUGUGGCUAGCAUCUCCCCCACAGACAUCAGGCUGAUGUGGCACCCGUUGUCCUCCCAGCACAGUCGAGGAGCUGUGACUCGCUACCGCAUUGAGUACAGCUCUCUGGAUCUGGUGGACAAUGUUUUCUCUGUGGAGGUGGGCAGUAACGAGACACAGUUUACCCUGAGAGAACUGCAGCCCAACCAGGCCUACCAAAUGAGGAUCGCUGCUGGCACAGGCAUCGGCUUUGGGGUUCCAUCACAGUGGGUACAGCACCAAACGCUGGCCUACUACAACCACAGUGACAACAGCAUGGUGAUCUUUGCUCCGAUUGACCUGAAGGUCAGAGCCAAAGUGAGCACACUCAAUGUGACAUGGCACCCUUCACCCAAUCACACAGUGAUCUCUGGUUACAAGCUGUCCUGUAAAGAAGCAGAGACUGAAGAAUCAGCCAGUAAAGAAAGGACAACACAGUCCUACACCAUCAGGCUCCGUAAGAAGGCAAGGUUUCAUCUUCUCACCGGGUUAGUGCCUGACCGGCAGUAUGAGGUGAAGGUUUGGGCAUUCAACAAGCAGAGCGAUGGUGCAGCUGCUGUGUGGAAAGGAAGGACAGACAAAGCCCAUGACAGGACAUUGUUCCCACCGAUGGAGAGCCUCCCUCCAUUACCUCCCAACAGCAUCCAUGCCACGGCCAACAGCUCCACAUCCAUCUGGCUACGCUGGGAGAAACCGCGCUUCAGCAGUGUGCGCGUCAUCAACUACACAGUGCGCUGCAGCCCAGCAGGAACAACCAACGCCUCCCUGGUCUCCUACCAUACUUGCUCUGCACAAGAGAUUCUACUCAUGUCACUGAAGCCCUUCACCCGGUAUGAGCUGGCAGUGCGGUCUAAUGGAGUAGACAUAUUUGGACCCUUCAGUGGGACAGUGGAGGAGUCCACUCUGCCUGAUCGACCAACCACACCUCCAGUGGAGCUGCAGCUGAGCGCUCUGGACUCAUCCACUGUGCUGCUGCGCUGGCGCCCUCCACUGGAGCCUAAUGGCAUCAUCAUGAGCUACAGAAUCUUGUACAGCAGCAACCUGAGCCAGCCUGAUCAUCUGUGGACAGACAUUUCUCAGGAUGGGAGUAUUACCAGCAUGGAGAUCCGUGGUUUGGACAGUGGCUCUCAUUACUUCUUCAAGAUGGGAGCAUCUACAGAAGUGGGUCAGGGGCCUUAUUCACUUGUAAAGGAUGUCCAGAUGCCAUCCCAGCAAUACGAGCUGGAUAUUCAUGCAGUCACAGGUAUUAUCGUUGGUGUGUGUCUGGGGCUGAUAUGCAUCCUCCUCUGCAUGUGUUUCAGCUUUCGUAACAGCAAGAACAGAGAAUUAUCUGGAAGCUUGGAUUCUACAGCCGUGACACCUCAGUAUAGAAGAGGAGGGUGCCCUGUUUCCCCCAGCAUGCCUGAAUGCAACAACAGCCAUGAGCUGGAGACACUGAUGCCCCCACCCAGCCAGGAAAGUGGUCAACCCGUGGCCGAGGUCCCAGAGGAGCAGAGCCUGAUGGCUAGUGCUAAUUUGGGAGAAGGGGAGGAUGCAUCUGCACCUGAGCUCAAGGCUAUUUGGAAUGGCUCUGUGAGUCAUAACUGGGCCAACAGAAUCACCAGAUACAGAGACACUAUAACAGAAGAUUCCCCAACGCUCAUCAACGGCGCGCUCAGCAUGCUUAUUAAUGAUAAGAACAUGGACCAAGAGGACCAUCUGUGUGCAUCCCUGUGCAGUCACCAGGUCGAGGCCGAGGUCAUUGUUCACACUGAGCUGUCAGAUACAAGAAAAGAGAAAGAUGAUGAAACCACCGAUAGGGAACAGGAUUCUACGACUACUGGAGAGCCGUCAUUAUCAAAGCUUAUGUAUUCUCCUUUUGACCAGUCAGGAGAGGAGGAGCCUUUCAAACAACCAUCAAUAUCAAAAAGCCCUUUGAAUCUACCUUCAAUAAAACUGGUGGCUGGUUACAGUGGGGAGCUACAAGUUACAGGAGAUGAGCCAAGUGCAGAUGUUGACCCACAACAGCCUGCGAUGCUAACAAAUGGCUUCCAUUCCCCUAAGACGAUGCAGCCUACGCUGAGGUCAGAACAGUUGGAGAAUGGGGACUCCAGACACUGCCCAUCAGCACCAGGGAAAACCACCUCUGCCGGGUUGCCCCCGACCCCUUUUGUCAGUUCCGGUCUUGUCCAUGCUACCUCAGCAGCACACAGUUAUCUGUGCCCAUAGGGCUGCGCUAGGAGCGCAUCAACCUGAACUGACAGACAAGACAGAGUUCUUCUUUGGUGGAGCCAAGACAAAUCCCUAAGCAUUAUUUUUAUGCACCUCAUGACUGGAUUUCACUUUCUUUUUUGCAUUGUUUUUAUACAUACGUGGGAUCCAUUGUGCCAUACACUACAUGUACAGUAUGCAUAUGCAGUAUAUUUUUAGUGGUAGAAUACUGUACAUAAGUAUGCAUUGGUUCCCUCCUAUCCACAGGAAUACAUUCCUACACCGUUGCUCUGGGUUCAGUUGCACUUAGAAAUGAGGAAGGCUGGGAAAUUUGCAGACCAUCAUUUUGUUGAAAUGGAUUGGACCCAUCGGCUCAACGGGUCUUCAUGGACUCUGCUUUCUGGAUGACACUCACACAGUAAGAAUUGUCUGCACACAGCGCGUGCAUAUCACCUGUGUGACUCCUAGGUAUCCCACUGUCUCAGGGUUCACUCACACAUGCCAUGAGUCUCCCACAAAUUCACGCAUCCACAAGUAUUUCCGGACUGGAGUGUGUGCCUAAUUAUUCUAGGCAUAUUUGUAACCUUUGUAUAUUCUGUAGAUUAUUAUGUUCAGUAUAAGUGCAAAAUACAUGUCAGCAUGAAGGAGAGAUUUACGGUUCCUGUCUAAAAAUGUUGUAUUCAUCCCCUUGGACUUUUGCAUUUCUUUUCUGACAUCAAAUGAAAAUAAACAUUAUUCCACCUUAUUUAUGAUUGUUUUAAAGCCACAGAUUGUAGGAUUUAGGGUUCUUAUUAGCAGAAAUGUAAUACAGCAUUCAUAACCAUCUGUUCAUCCGUGUAUAAUUU